AUGGCAGCCACAAAGAAGUCAAAAAAGUCGUUGGAGUCAAUCAACUCUAGGCUCCAGCUUGUUAUGAAAAGUGGAAAGUAUGUGCUGGGGUACAAGCAGACCCUGAAAAUGAUCAGACAUGGCAAAGCAAAACCGGUCAUCCUAGCCUACAACUGCCCAGCCUUGAGGAAAUUUGAAAUAGAACACUGCCCCCUGUUGACCAAAGCUGGUGUCCAUCACUGCUGUGGCAAUGAUACUGAACUGGGCCCAGCAUGUGGGAAAUGCUGCAGUGUGCAUAUACUGGCUAUCCUUGAUCUAGGGAUUCUGAUAUCAUUUUAA